AAAUCUAAAAUGGCGAUUGGCUAAAUGAGCUGGAAGUUUUAAGAUGAUCUUGAACAAUGUUGUAGUAACUUUAUUGGUUUCGUGAAAAAAAGUAUUAAUAAUUAUGAAUAUGUCAUCUAUUAGAAAAAUUAAUAAAUUCUUUUGGGUAGAAAGUGUAAAUGUAUUUUUGUCAUUAAAAGUCAACGUGUUUAGAUAAAGUUUGACUAGUUAUGAAAGCGUUAUUGCACCGGCGUCAAGAUUUGUUAUUGUGAACUCGUAUUGAUUAUCAUUGAUGACCGCUUUUUAAUCUUAUCAAAAUUUAUAAAAAAAAUAACGUAAACAAUUAUUAAAGAUUAAAUGAUAUUUCAGAAAAAGCUAUAUCAUAUCAUAUAUAUAUAUAUAUAGAAAUAUAAAAAACCUUGUAGUUAAUAAUUUGUGUUGUUAUAGAUGGAAUACUAAUAGUUGCUGAUAUAAGACAAGUAAGUGAAGAAGUAAGCCCAUAUGGAUUGAUCUGUGAUUAUUCUAAACUAAUCUUCAAGAAUCUCCUAAAUAUGGACUCUGUUAAUGAACCGGAACACAUUAAUAGGCUGGUUAAAGAGGCAGAGAGUUUAAAAAUACGUUUAGAGGAUGAACGACAAAAGCUAAAUGAUGUUACUCUUGCUAGUGUAGCUGAUCGAUUGGAAGGAAUAAACUGCAUAAAUGUAAAACCUCGACGUGUUUUGAAAGGCCAUCAGGCAAAAGUUCUUUGUUCUGAUUGGUCUCCUGAUAAGCGUCAUAUUGUCUCUUCUUCUCAGGAUGGCAAAAUGAUAAUAUGGGAUGCUUUCACAACAAAUAAAGAGCAUGCAGUUACAAUGCCUACAAUAUGGGUAAUGGCAUGUGCUUAUGCUCCUAGUGGUGCUUUAGUAGCAUGUGGGGGAUUAGAUAACAAAGUAACAGUUUAUCCAUUGAGUUUAGAAGACGAUGUUACAACUCGUAAAAAAACCGUUGGGACUCACACAUCGUAUAUGUCAUGUUGUGCAUUUCCCAAUAGCGAUCAACAAAUUUUAACGGGAAGCGGUGAUAGUACGUGCGCUUUAUGGGAUGUUGAAAGUGGUCAAUUACUUCAAAGUUUUCACGGACAUUCUAGCGACGUUAUGUCAAUUGAUUUAGCACCGAGCGAAACUGGCAAUACAUUCGUAUCUGGUAGUUGUGACAAAAUGGUUUUAAUUUGGGAUAUGCGUAGCGGACAAUGUGUUCAAAGCUUCGAAGGACAUCAGUCCGAUGUUAAUUCGGUAAGAUUUCAUCCAAGCGGCGAUGCAGUAGCAACAGGUUCCGAUGAUGCUACAUGCCGACUCUUUGAUUUACGCGCUGAUAAAGAAGUAGCUAUUUAUGCAAAAGAGAGUAUCAUAUUCGGAGCUAAUACAAUCGACCUCAGUGUAAGUGGACGUUUAUUGUUUGCUGGUUAUAAUGAUUAUACAGUAAACAUAUGGGAUACUCUAAAGUGCCAAAGAGUAGCACUUUUAUAUGGACACGAAAAUCGUGUGUCUUGUUUGAGAGUUUCACCGGAUGGUACUGCCGUUUCAACUGGAAGUUGGGAUUCGACAUUACGUGUUUGGGCUUAAAUUUUAUUUAAUCUCUCUCCUAAUGCUUACUGACACUUGAAAACAUAUACCCUUACACACGCCUUAUGUUUAAUUACGGCGUAAUUGAAGGUACUGUUAUUAAUCACAUAUGUAUUAGCAUGCAAUUGAAAAUAAUAGAUGCCAUUAAUCGUUAGAUAGUUAUAAAUAUACCAUAGUUGAUCAUUAAAAUUUAUUAUGUUAGGCUGGCCCUAAUUUAUAAGAGAUCAAAGAGAUAGAGAAUAUUUAUUUCAUUGAUUGUAUAAAGUGUGUUACACAUUAUGUGAAAUCAAAUAAAGAUUAGAUUAAUGAAAUCUAUUUUACCUUGGUAUUGUUCGAUCGAAGAAGAAUUCUCGAAAUACCUAAGAAUAAAGAAAAGGUGAAAUAGUAAAAAUCGUAUGUACCGCGCACCAUAUAAUUUUGUCUCUUAUUGACAAAUACAAUAUCUCGUUUGAUUCAUAUUCGGGCGUACACUGUUGUAUAAUUAUUCAUUAUUUACUACAUCGCCGUUGAAUUUCAGUCGUAGUGUGAAAUUCUCACACAGAUCAAUUCCACAACCGGCUUAUUUAAAAAACAAAAAAAAAAAAAACAAAAAAAAAAAAAGACAAAAAAAAAAGUUGCUCGAACGAGAUUAAAUAACGAGCCGGCUAGGUAAAAUUUCAACUUAAUUUAUUAAUUCGACAGAUAUAAAUAUCAUUAUUACUAAAUCGCCUGUCAUCAAUAAUUUUAUAUAAUUCUUAACUUGCGGUAAAACGAAGUCAUGGAACGUAAUAGAGUUCCGUGUACAUUCUUGUCGUUUCGGACAGUAUAAAAAAGAACACUCGCGGAAUACAAACAUGGUGGAGGGAGAUCGAUGAAAGCAAAAGUAAAAAAAAUCCUAUUAUAAAAGGUAAUUCAUGGAACCAGUAUUAUUAUGCAAACAGCGAUUAAUCGACACGAUUUGUCUAGAAUUGCACCGUCCUUAAAGUUAACGGAAUCGUUAUUCCGUUUAGCUGAGCCGAAGAUGCAAUUUCGACACAUUUAUAUACAACGUGUCUCGGAGAUUAAAUGAUCUCCCAUUAAAAUUCAUUUACGAAGAAAAUGCAAAAAAAAGAAAAAAAAAGGAAAAAAAAAGAAAAAAAAAGAAAAAAAAAAAGAAAAAAAAAUCCUUUGUAGUCUGUAGACAUUUAUAAAAUUUUUCUAACAGACUUAUCAGGGUAGAUUAAUUACAAAGAAUUAGAACACUAUAAUGUGUUUGCUACCAAAAAGAUAGGAAACAAAUUAAAGCCAAAAAGCUGUCAGAGUAUUUACAAUUAAUAAUCGAGCACGACGGAUGUUUAUAUAGGUAAAUAACAAAAUUGAUGUUCAGUCGGUGCAAUUCAAAAUUGCUCGUGAUAUAAUGCGCCGUAUAAAUAAACCUCAUUAAUGUAAUGGAUGCAAAAAAUACUACGCGUAUUCGUCACACACGCACGAAGGCUAUACAUACAAAUGGCGCGUGCAUACUAAUUGUAAUCGUAUUGGAUGGUGCACAUGUGUCGCGUAUGCUUCUACACACGCACGCUUUCGAGUGGGCUCUUCUUACGUUGAAAAAUACAAUGAUAAUGUUGAUGAUAAGAGUCAAUGAGGAUGACACGUUAAUGAUAAUGAAAUUAUUAUUACAAUUGAAAUUCGUUUAUCAAAUCACGCUAUUAAUCAAAUAUCUUGAAAUGAAUCAAUAUCUAAGUAAUCAAUACACUUUCAAAGAGCCACAUUUAGUCAUAUAAUACUAUUUUUAAUAAAGAAAAAAGAAAUGAACGCAGUACUACCAAAAUAAAUUCUAAUUUUUAACGAUAUUCUUUUCUCGAGCAUAUCGGACAUGCAACAUGAUAAAUCAUAUUCUCACACGAAAGUAAAAGUUAGAUUAGCGUUCGACCGAAUAUCAUUAUAAUAUUUUGGAAGCACAUUAGUGUAAUUUAUAAAAAUGGAAAAGUGAUAAGUUUUUACAGCAUAACAAAUUGAAGUUAUUUGUUGUAGCUGCCAAAGGAAGAAAGGACAUAAAAAGAAAAUUUAUAUCAUCUUUUUGUACUAUUUUGUACUAAGAUUUACUAAAGAUCGUAUUCAUAUCAACCAUCACAGAGGAAGUAGAGAUGUAAUUAAUUACAUUAGUAAUUAGAAUGAAUUUAUAUAAGUUAUCUAUACCAUAAAAUACUAAAUAAUUAUUAUUUUGAACACAA